AUUCACAUAUGUCUUAGUUGUAGAUUUCACUUAGGUAGCCGACAAAUGAAAAAGGGCAGUGUAUUAAAUCAAUACUCAAUAAUGUGUAUGCUAUUAUUCUAAAGAAACUCAUCUGUAAAUAUGUGUUUUAUCUAUAUUUUUUCACCUGUAAAGAAAACAACGAACAUAAGUAUUACCUAUUUAUAUUUUAGUUGCUAAUAAAAAUAUUAUGAAAGAAGAAUUAUUUUGACAGCUAAUACCAAUAAUAUUGCUAUCUUCAUAUAUAUAAUAAACUUGUCUUGUGUCAUGGCUGUUGGAAGUUUGUUUGUUGGAAAAAAACAAAAAUAAUUUUCCUUGACCUGUCAAGCACGAUUACUAUCAAUACAUUUUCCUAAAUUAAUUGUGUAAUUUAUUAACAUAAGAUUUUACAAAUAAUGGGCGAACAGAACGAAAACAACUGGUUCGGUUCGUGGUUAAAUGCUGCAAAGAAUAAGGGUUCAGAAGUGUUAGAAUUUGUAAAGAAAGAUUUAGAAGAAUUUGGAACAGCUGUUAAAAAUGAAGCAAGCAGUGUUGUAUCUUCUACAGGAGCAGUUCUUGAGAAAACACUUAGUUUGGAUUCUCCUUCAUCGACAGCUAGCAACAUGAAAAGAAGCAUCAGUUCAUUAAUGGGACAAGUGAACAGUGUUUUAAAUCCUAGUCCUGAUGAUUCGGAUGCAGAAAUGUUGAUAGUAGAAAACUCGGAAACAGUUACUUUAAACAAAUUUCAGAAAGCACUUUAUGAACUACAAAAGGAUCCCAUUACUUUUUUGGAGGAUCCGGGUGAAAGUUUACAAAAACAAUAUAAUUGUUGGUUAGAAAUUAUAGAUGAUCAGUUGAAUGACGAUCGAAUAGCAAAACAUGUUAACAGCUCAGAAGUCCUUAAAUGUCACUAUGCUAAAUUAGUUCCGGAUGUUGUAGAACAUCAAACUUUUUGGAAAAGGUACUUAUUCAAAAAAGCUUUAUUAGAAGAUGAGCUUGCAAGGCAGGAAGCUUUGGAAAAACGGGAGCAAAAAGAAAAACAAGUAACAGAAGAAAGUCUCAAAUGGGAACAAGAUUUUGCAGCAGAUAUAGAAUUAACUGAAGAGGAACAGAUAAAACUUUUAGAACAAUAUGAAAAUGAAAGAAAAACUAGUCCGAGAUCUAAAUUACCAAUAGGUGAAAAAGUAAAAAUUGCACAUGAUUCGCCUAAAAAGAAAGAAAAUAAGGAAGUGGAAAGUCCACAAUCGACAAAAAUCAAUAAGAAUGAUUCAAAUGAUAGUUUAAGAAGUACACCAAGUAGCAACAGUAGUUUAGAUGGAGAUUGGGAAAAAAUAAGUGAUACAGACAAGUAAAUCUAUAUUGAAAAAAAAAAUAGCUUUGGAAAUCUCAACAUGUAGCUGAAUAUUUUUUUGAUACAAAAAAAGUGAAGUUGUUUUGUACUAGUUAUUAGUAAAUUAUAUUCUCAAUAUAUGUAAA